AUAGAACACAAAAUCCAGAUCAUACACAUAAGCAUACUUCACUUCUACGCACAGUAACGUAUCACAAUAUACUCAACUCAUCUUUGAUACACAUCAAAUACACAUAACACAGCCCUACGGGCUGCUUAUGGCCGCCUCACUGGUUGUGUGCAGUUGUGUGAUGGGGAAAAGUUGUUUUCUUUAAUUUAAAUUAUUGUAACAAGCAAGUGGUGUUUUCCCCUGAUUAAACGGUGUGUGAAAUCAAAUUUCGUUAUCAAGUCGAAGAGUGAAAUGAUUUGUUUCAAUUUCCUGUAAACGUGGAUAGAGUUAGAAUUAUUGGAGUAAGCAGAUAAGAUAUUCUGCGUUAACUCAAACACGGGCUUAAGGCCCUCCAAGAAAAAAUGACGAAGCGAUUUGAAUUUAACUGGCAAAUUGAAGUGCCCGAACCAUUACGUAAAGGAUGCGUGUUUGAUAGAUGGUCCGAAGAGAAAGAUAAUACAGAGAUAGAAUUGAAUUGCCUUUUCAAAGUUGAUGAGUACGGAUUUUUUAUUUACUGGAAAAGUGAAGGAAAGGAUGGAGAUGUUAUCGAACUCUGCCAAGUGAGUGAUAUUCGUGCUGGUGGAGUUCCAAAGGAUCCAAAGCUGUUUGACAGACUUGCGGGAAAGAGUGAAGACUUACUGGAAGACCGAAGUCUGACCAUCUGUUCAGGAGUUGAUUAUACAAAUAUCAACUAUCAUCAUGUUGUGUGCCCUGAUGCAGCAACUGCCAAGAUAUGGUUGGAUGGGAUCAGAAUUAUAACGCACAAUGUGAAAGCCAACAACGUUUGUCCGUUAACGUGUUUAAAAAAACAUUGGAUGAGACUUCGAAUGCUUGUAGAUCCGGCUGGGAAAGUUCCAGUCAAAGUAGUUGCUAGAACAUUUGCCUCAGGAAAGACUGAAAAAUUGGUAUACCAAUGUUUGGCCGAGUUGGAUUUACCAAGUGGAAAGAACGAUGUGAUAGAACCAGAUGAUUUUACAUUUGAUGCAUUUUACGCCCUGUAUCAUAAAAUAUGCCCAAGAAACGACAUAGAAGAACUAUUCCAAUCAAUAACUCAGGGAAAGGCUGAUACCAUCAAUCUCGACCAGUUAAUCUUAUUCCUGAAUGAAAAGCAAAGGGAUCCAACAUUGAAUGAAAUCUUAUGCCCCCUUUACGAUGAGAAAAGGGCAAUGGAAAUUAUUAGAGAUUAUGAAAAAAAUGAACAAGCACAAAAUCAAAAAACCAUGACCAAAGAUGGUUUCAUACGAUACCUAAUGUCAGAUGAGAACGCACCCGUCUUUCUUGACAGACUUGACAUUUAUAUGGACAUGGAUCAACCACUGUCCCAUUACUACAUUAAUUCCAGCCACAACACUUAUCUAAGCGGAAGACAAUUUGGUGGUAAAAGUAGUGUAGAAAUGUAUCGACAAGUACUUCUUGCUGGAUGCAGAUGUGUUGAAUUGGAUUGUUGGGAUGGAAAAGGAGAAGAUGAGGAGCCAAUCAUAACCCACGGAAAAGCCAUGUGUACAGACAUAUUAUUCAAAGAUGUUAUAUACGCAGUUCGAGACACGGCUUUUGUUACUUCUGAAUAUCCCGUUAUUCUAAGUUUUGAAAAUCACUGCAGCAAAAAGCAACAAAAUAAAUUAGCCAAAUAUUGCGAUGAAAUAUUAGGAGACUUGCUACUGAAAGAACCUUUAAAGGAAUAUCCUCUUGAACCAGGAGUGAGCCUUCCACCACCAAGCAUGUUGAAGCGAAAAAUCCUGAUUAAGAAUAAGAGACUGAAGCCUGAAGUUGAAAAGCACGAAUUGGAACUCUUCAAGCAAGGACAGUUUGUUAUUGAAGACGAAGUGAAAGAAGAUGCCAGCGCUAUACCUGCUGCUGCUGGUAUUGACCAAGUACCGGCCAAGGAAGAAAUAGUAGCAGCAGCAGAGGCUGUAAUCCCCGUUGGCGUGGUUCCACAAACGCAGGGCAGUGGACCAGUAGGAGUCGGAGAUAGCUUCGAGUUAACAAAUGUGCCACCAUAUACUGGCAGCACAACUAACGUGCACCCAUGGCUUUCAUCCAUGGUGAACUAUGCACAACCGAUCAAAUUCCAGGGGUUCACCGUAGCUGAACAAAAAAAUAUUCAUUACAACAUGUCUUCUUUUGCUGAAACUGCGGGAUUGAAUUAUUUGAAAACUUCUGCAAUUGAAUUUGUCAAUUAUAAUAAACGUCAAAUGAGCAGGAUUUAUCCAAAGGGUACAAGAGCUGAUUCCUCAAAUUACAUGCCUCAGGUGUUCUGGAAUGCUGGCUGUCAAAUGGUGUCACUAAAUUUUCAAACGGCAGAUCUUCCAAUGCAAUUGAACCAAGGAAAGUUCGAAUACAAUGGCUCUUCUGGAUAUCUACUCAAGCCAGACUUCAUGCGGCGCGCUGAUCGCAGUUUUGAUCCUUUUGCAGAAAGUCCUGUCGAUGGAGUUAUUGCCACCCAAUGUAGUGUACAGGUCAUCGCAGGUCAGUUUUUAUCGGACAAAAAAGUUGGCACUUAUGUUGAAGUCGAAAUGUAUGGACUGCCAACGGAUACGAUAAGAAAAGAGUUUCGUACUAGAGUUGUACAAGCGAAUGGUUUAAAUCCUGUCUAUAACGAGGAGCCAUUCUUGUUUCGUAAAGUAGUCCUACCUGAUCUGGCUGCCUUGCGGUUUGCCGUUUAUGAUGAAUCGAAUGGAAAGCUACUCGGACAAAGGAUUGUUCCCCUUGAUGGAUUGCAGUCUGGCUAUCGCCAUGUCGCUUUACGCACAGAAGCCAAUUUCCCUAUGUCUCUUCCUAUGCUCUUCUGCAAUAUAGAACUCAAAAUCUAUGUUCCUGAUGGCUUUCAAGAUUUUAUGGAAGCACUCACUGCACCCCGAGUGGAUCGAAAGGCUGAAGCAGCCGCGCAAACUAAGAUGCGAGGGCUCGGAAUUGAAGAAAGUGAUAAUAAGACCAAUAUUGAAGCUCCUCUGCACCACCACGAAGUAGCCAGACCAAGAGAGGAAAUGAUGUUUGAGCCUAUUACAGUAGAUUCACUGAGACAAGAAAAGGGAUUCCAAAAAGUAUCCAGAAAACAGCAAAAAGAACUAGAGUCUCUCAAGAAAAGACAUCAAAAAGAAAAGAUCACUGUUCAAAAGCAACAGUGCACAGCGAUUGAGAAGAUCAUUAAAGGAAAAAACAAAGUAGAAUUGUCACGAGAUCCAAGUGUUCGUAGAGCGGUGUCAGAACAAACUGCUCAGUGGUCGCGCUUAGCGGAAAGACAACGUAGGGAAGAAAAGGAACUACAACGAGUACAUCUUGAAGAGCGUCGUACCCAAUUACGUAAGAUGUGUUUGUCGGCACAAAUUGCACAAUUAAAACAAUUGGCUGCGAGGCACGAACGUGAACUCAAAGAAAUGAAUGUAAAACAAGCACGACUUUCGGUUGAAAGUAUGAGAGAAGUUAUGAAUGACAAAACGCUUAAAACACGAGGAAUCAAAGAGGGCAGACUUAGAGAAAAGCAGCAAAAUAAUACCAAAAAAUUCAUGGAAGAGCGAAAAAUCGCGCAAAUAGUUCAGGCUCGAGAAAAAGAUAAAUUAAAAUUGAUUCAUGACAAACAACUUGAGGACCUACAGAAAGAUAUAAACGCGAUACUGGAAAUGUACAAAAAUGAAGAGAUAGAAUACGAGCUCGGCCCAAAAACUGAACUUUAUGUGUAAAUAUGCCGAAACAACCAGUCAAGAUAGGUAUGACGCGCUGUUUCUGUUCGUUAACUAUAUCGAAAUUUCUUAUCUAUUCAAUAUUCACUAUUGGAAUCGGGAUCAAAUCUCUUAGUAAUUAUUUCACAAGAUGAUUGUGUCGUGAUUAGGCACCGCGAAUUGAGCUCAUGAAUUUGUUAUUUUCUUAUGAAAGUCUCAAUUUUGGGUGCAAAGAUUUACCAUUACUGAUACUUUAUAAAUCAAAAUACCAUGUAAAAUGUCUUCGAUGAAUCAUAUAGUUUAAGAGAAAUUUACCAUGUAGAUGAUUACUAUCUAGUCAAAUUUAAAAAACUCGAAAAUAUUUACUAUUCACUGACAAGUUUGAAUGCAUAAAGUAGAAAUGGAGAUCACUGUCGAGAAAUAUAUUAAAUUGUCAGAAUUACAAAAUAUGCUAAGGUUAUUGAGUCAAAACUUUGUAAUAUUGUGCCUCUUUUAACAAAAUCAAAUCAAAUAUGUUAUACGUACGUACGUAACAUAAUUAUGAAUUUUUCGCUUUGUCAUUUCUCGAAUAAAUUAAUCAUUGAUCAACGUAUUGCAAAGGUGCUUGGGUUUAUGCAUUACAAAAGUAUAAGUUAAAUAAAGAAGAUGCAUAAUUUUCCUCAAUGGUUCUAAAACCGAAAAGCCAACUUUCGGAUCAAAACUAGUUUAAUUACUUUUUAUUUGGCAUAUGUAUUAAUGCAAUGAUCUAUUUGGUGUAUCAUACCCUUUGCAGCACAAUGAAUAUUUACUAUAGGUUUAAAACAUAUGUCUUAACUUAUGUUAUUUUGUUAAUAUUUUCUACAAAGUUUUGAGACCAUGUCCCUCUUAUAUGUAAACUUGUUUCAUAGUAAAAUAUAUAUUGAAAGUUGAAAACCAA